UCACGUGGCACAAUCACAUGAUAACCCACGUGAUGCACUAGGAAGUGCGCAGUGGCUUUUAAGUUUCGUUUAUAAAGUUUCCGCGUUCUUCCAGUAACAGUUUCAGACGCAGCGCUCACACUGUAAACCCUACACCGGAGAUGGAGGCCAGCCUGACGUGCGCGGUGUGCCUGGGCGUCUUCCGUCAGCCGGUGACGCUGCCGCUCUGCUCACACAACUUCUGCAAGGGCUGCGUGCGGCAGUGUGCUACCCCGCAAAGCGGCUCCGUGUACGUACAGUCCUGCAGCGCACCCCCGAACUUCACCGCCGUCACCUGCCCGCUGUGCCGCAAGGUCAGCUCCCUUCCCGGGGGCCUCGCAGCGCUGCCCGUGAACACCACUCUCGCCGAGGUCGUCCGACUCAUGUCGCUAAGCGAUGAGGCCAAGAAGAAACAGACGGAGGCCGGCGCGGAGGAGGUGGACAUGUUCUCCAGCGGGGUGCGGGCCGGCUACUGCCCGGAGCACCCGGAGAUGAGGCUGGAGCUGUUCUGUAGGGGCUGCGCGGAGCCGUGCUGCGGCAAGUGUGUGUCCCUUAAACACAGGGGCUUCUUCCACAGCGUCAAUCUGCUGGAUGUGGUUCUGCAGGAGGAGAAGCUAUUGUUUUUCAGUAGCUUAAAAAAUCUGCGUGAAGCAAACGAAAAACUGAAUAAGGAAACAAAAGAAAAUUUGGAGGAUAUACUACAAAAAAAUACUAAUGUGGUUACAGCUGCAUUUGAUAAAGUGCAGGAAGCUUUAGAUUUGAAAAAACGGCAGCUUUUGGACUUUAUUCAAGAGACUCAAAGUAAAUCCAUUAAGUGGAGUGAAGUGCGUAAACAAAUGAGAGUUCACCACAUGAAAAAAGUUGGAAGCCUCUUACCAGAAUGUGAAAAACUUGUGGAUGUAUCGGAACCAAAAACCUUUCUACAGGCGGCGUGUGACCUAAAUGAAAAGAUGAAAUCUAUCCUAGACCUAAUUGAGUCCACCAAUGUUAACUGUGAAGAUUGGCUGAAAUCUGAACAUAAAUGUAUAAAUGUGGAGACUGUCCUGGAAGCUAUUUCUGCCUUGGAAGUUACAACCCUCAGCUCUAAUGGUUCCCUGGCUAAUAUAAAAGGAAACUUUUACUUUAAAACUAUAACCAGAAAGUGGAAACCUGAAAUAGUACCCAAUGAAAAGUACUGUCCAAUUCAAGAUAAUGAACUUUAUUUUCUUCAAGGUCAAAUGCAAAAAAUGGUUAUUCGCUACAUUUCUAUAACAAAGAUGCCUGGGUAUCAACACUUAAGCCAUGAGGAACUUCGUAUGAAGUACUAUGAAGGGUCCGUUACACAGGAAAAUGCUGUGUUGUCACUGCCUAAAGUACAAAGACAAAAUGUUAUCAGUGAUGCAGACAGAUUUCAAAUCAGUAUUGCUGGACUCGGAGGACUAAAAGACACAAGACUUGUAAGACAAAAUGCCUUUGAUAGUGGAUGUACAGUAGGUGGUAAACAGAAAACAUUCCCCGAAACAUCAGCAAGAACAGAGCUUGGAACGGCACAUGAAAUGGACAGACUAUCCGCAUGUAUGUUAAAAAGCCCAAACAAUAAAUCGUUUAAGGUCCAACACUUUGGGAGUUUAGCUAGUGGAUUGUCGUCUGAUACAAUGGUGGCAAGUGAGAUCAAAUUUGGAAAUGAAAGUAUUAGCAAAAAUGUGUUACCACGUUUUUGUAUUGGUAGCUCUGACAUUACAGCUAUAACUAAGCCUUGUAAGAAUGGAAGAUUGGAUAUAAAGCUGAAAAAGGCUCAAACAUCUUUACCAACCAAAGUGAAAAUUAAAUCUGUUAAGACCAACAUCACAUUAACGGGCAAGUCUCUUGAUAAGCUUGGUAAUACCUAUGUCUCCAGUGAUCCACAAAUGACAUCUCCAUUUUGCAACCCAUUCAGUCUACAGCCAUCUCCAAAACCAGCAAAUGAAGUCCCAGAGGACAUGUGCUCAGAAGAAUUUUAUGAUGCAUGUUCUCAUCCAAAUUCAGAUGUGGAGGAGACUCCUGAACAAACUAGUACUUGUAACAAUAAAGAAGAUAAGUCAUUGACCCUGCAGAAAAAGCAGCAUUAAUUCUGCCAGCCUAAUGAUCAGAAUAAGACCUACAAUCAGUGGAUUGGUGCAUAAAUUGAAGAUAUGGUCAUUUGUUGGCACUGCUAUUGAUUUGGGAUUUAUUUGUAAAAUACUUAAAAAAAAAAAAAAAAAAAGCAAAGAUGGUGGUUUUUUUUUUUUUGGUGUGUUAACUAUGUUAAUCAUUUAUUUCUAAACUUGUUUAAGCUAACUGACUUACUGUAUCUUUAAUAAAAAAUGACAAA